UCAACCGAGCAAAUAGCUGUGCGCGUUGUCAAAUGCCAAACGUAUUAAAAAAGCAGUGUUUGGUUUCGCAGUCAAACAAAGUGUAAACUCGUCAAGAAAAAUCAAAGUUUUCGCAAGUGUUUUUGUCAUUUUAUUUUGAAUUUUAUUGAGCCGAAUAAAAAGAUAGCAAUAAUGGCACGACGAGGAGUACCCAAUGAAGAUUUAUCAAACAUUGAGUUUGAAACAAGCGAAGAAGUUGAAGUUGUGCCCACAUUCAAUUCUAUGGGAUUAAAAGAAGAACUUCUUCGGGCGAUUUAUGCAUACGGUUUUGAAAAACCGUCAGCCAUUCAGCAACGGAGUAUUUUGCCAAUUGUGAAAGGGCGUGAUGUGAUUGCACAAGCUCAAUCAGGUACCGGUAAAACGGCAACAUUUUCUAUUUCCAUUUUGCAAUCGCUCGAUACAACACUGCGCGAAACACAAGUAUUAUGCUUGUCGCCAACGCGUGAGUUAGCCGUUCAAAUUCAAAAGGUCAUUUUGGCAUUAGGUGAUUUCAUGAAUGUGCAGUGCCAUGCGUGCAUUGGUGGAACUAAUUUGGGAGAAGAUAUACGUAAAUUGGACUAUGGUCAGCAUAUUGUCAGUGGAACACCGGGUCGUGUAUUCGAUAUGAUUAAGCGUCGUGUACUACGAACAAGAUCCAUAAAGAUGCUUGUACUUGACGAGGCUGAUGAAAUGUUGAAUAAAGGUUUCAAAGAGCAAAUCUACGAUGUCUACAGAUAUUUGCCGCCAGCCACACAAGUUUGUUUGAUAUCAGCCACACUUCCUCACGAAAUUCUUGAAAUGACAUCAAAAUUCAUGACCGAUCCCAUUCGAAUUUUGGUAAAACGUGAUGAAUUGACACUUGAGGGUAUCAAACAAUUUUUCGUUGCUGUUGAACGUGAAGAAUGGAAAUUCGACACAUUGUGCGAUCUAUAUGAUACGCUAACCAUCACUCAAGCUGUCAUUUUCUGCAACACCAAACGUAAGGUCGAUUGGUUGACCGAAAAAAUGCGAGAAGCCAAUUUCACCGUUAGCUCAAUGCACGGCGAUAUGCCACAGAAAGAACGUGAUGAAAUCAUGAAAGAAUUCCGUUCGGGUCAAAGUCGUGUCCUGAUCACAACAGAUGUCUGGGCUCGUGGUAUUGAUGUUCAACAAGUUUCAUUGGUCAUCAACUAUGAUUUGCCAAACAAUCGUGAAUUAUACAUUCAUCGUAUCGGUCGUUCGGGACGGUUUGGACGUAAAGGUGUUGCCAUCAAUUUUGUCAAAUCCGAUGACAUUCGAAUUCUUCGUGACAUUGAACAGUACUAUUCAACACAAAUCGACGAAAUGCCGAUGAACGUAGCUGAUUUGAUUUAAAUUGCGUUUAGAUUUACUUUUACUCGAUUUUCGCUUACCUUUACACAAUAUUUUUUCCCCUAAAUCCAAUCACAAAACACCUUAAAGUAUACAGAAAUUUCAUUUGUAUUAAUGGUAAAGUCUGUAGGGAACACAAGUAAUAUUAAUGUUCAUGUUAAUAGACGAAAAAAUAAUAAAUUUCUUUUAUUUUUAAUCAAAUUUGUCUAGAAAAAUGGAUUCAACAACAAAAAAGAAAUAAAUGUGUGAAAUUUU